UUAACAUGUCCCUCAGCUUUUCAAUCGAUAGGAUUCUAUCACCAGAUUUCGGGCCUUGCAAAAGCCGGGUCUUAGACAGCACUACAAACACCUGUUCUGUCGACGACUUGCCUGGCACCAUCCAGGGCUUGUGCAAGAGCGAAGACUUCAGUUACAGAAAAUUAGUGACAGACACCUGCAAGAGCCCAAACAUGCCUCCAUCCACUGAAAUGACAGCUGGUGCUGCUCUGCUGUCCCAAAUGAUGUCCGCUUUCCCCAGUCAUUCGGUCUGGUUCAACACCAAGUCAAAGCUUUUCGGCAUCGGAAAAGAAAAAUCGGAUGUUGCCCAAAAGGCAAGCACUGAUUUCUUGAUCUCGCCUCAAAUAAAACUAAAGCAGCAUGAUAUCGAACAUUGCAGCCUUCCUAGAAUUACCCCGGACAGUAUUUCUGUCACUCUCUGCUCAGAGGAACAAUCCCCACCUCUGGCGAAAGUUGCAAACUUCAUAGAGGACGUAUUCGAUCGCAAGGUCGUCUAUGACAAGAGUUAUCAACCACUUGUGGAUUGUCCUGAACAAUUAAGUUCUCCCAUACCUCUUAGAAUAAAUCAAAUUGGACAGGCAGAGAAAAAAUCAAUAACUGAAAAUCAUUACCUAGAGUACCAGAAGCACUUACCACCCUCUACCAAAGAAACCGCAUUGUCUCCCCAAAAGUAUGACGACACUGAAGAAACUCAACCACUAUGCAAACCUCGCCUGGAUGAAGACAAUAUCCACUCUGAAGGAACAGAUAUUCCUUGUGAUACAAAACACCCAGUACCUGAAGAACUUAACCAAAAGGAAGACAGGUGUUCGUCAUCUGAUGGCAGGUGUUCUUUAUCAUCUGUAGACACCCUGUCAUCCAUGGCAGAAAGUGAGUCCAGUCAGGCACCGAACACUUUUGGACCUCCAAAACUUUCCUAUGACCAGAUAAAAACAACAAUUAAGGAAUCUCUGAGCGAUGCGGGUGUUGAUAGUCCACCCCCACUCAACUUUAGUGAUAGCAAAAUAGAAAAACCUUACGCAACAAACCCUAAGCUGCUAUCAGACGAUUUAGAUGAGAUAAUUGCACCAAGGGACGGAUGGCCAGUAUGGGUCUACUGCAGCAGAUACUCUGCAAGACCUUCGUCUGGUCCAAGGAGCCGCCGCCAGUCCAGGAAGAUGCAAUCCAACGACGAGAAGCGAUGUCGCACCGCCUUCACCAUGUUCCAGCUCAACAAGUUGCACAUGGCGUUCGAGAGCAAUCCCUACCUGUGCGAGAAGAGACGCAACGAGCUGGCCCGAGACCUGCAGCUCAGCGAGUCGCAAGUCAAGAUCUGGUUCCAAAACAGAAGGGCCAAGGUCAAAAAAGCCUCUGGAAGCAAGAAUCGUUUGGCUGCCUUGCUGAAGGAGCAAGGUCUGUACAACCACUCAACCACUAAGACGUAAACGGCAUGAAAAUCUUCGUUUUGAUUUUCUUUAUAUGGAAGAUGAUAAAGCUUUUCCACACGGAGCUUUCGUGGUAGUUGGAAGGCAAUCAUUCUCAGAUCAAAAGCUUGGCGAUUCAAGCCUGUUGAUCUAGGGGGCCUAGUGGCAUUAGUCCGAAUCUUGCACCUAUUCAGCUGAGGUAGAAAAUCAAUCGAAAUCAUUGGUUCAACUCUCCUGAGACAAGGGAAAGUCGCCAGGCGGACGAAACCAAAUCAUAGACAUAUUUUUUUUUAGCUUUCUUUUAACAUUUAUAUUUAUUUAUUGAUAAAUAAUUCAUAAUUUUGAAUGCAUUAGACUUAUCAUCUUCGUUUUAAUAUAUGUGUCAUAAAAAUAACUGUAAAUAAAUGAUCCCUUAAAAUAACGCUGCGCUUAUUUAGUUCAAAUAUUUUUUUUCUUUGACAAUAUUAGAAGCUAUACAAUGAUUACUAUACAGGGCAAUGCUAUACAAUAAUCACUUACUACCUCCCCUAACAGUUUGUAACUGUCCAAUUUUGAAUCACAUGCAUUUCUAUCACAUAAAAUGCCUUUCAAUACUUCUUUAUUAAAAGUCUAAAUGAGAUUAUUCUGAUAGUUAUUUCACACUCUUAAGUGAAUAUAAUGGAUGUCUUUUUGCAUAUGUCAAAUAAAAAAAUUAUAAAAUAAAACACUAUUUUCAAGCUAUCUGCACUUGUAUCUUAAUAAUUACAAGGUAAUAGAUAUUAAAGAAUUAAUUAGAAAUAAUUUUUGAGGCAUCAUAUAAUUUAUUCGAUUUGAUAUUGCAACUCCUCCCAAAUUCUGGUGAUGUGGUUACCCAAUAGAAAGCUUUUUCUUUAAAAUGGAUAAUCAUGAUCUUAAAACCGGUUUCCACCCACAUUAAAUCGCUUACAUUGAUUUGGGUUAUAUUUAGUCAACAUUCGGGGGUGAAAUGUCCAUUAGCUCAUGUAAAGCGGGAGUUCGAAGCGUCGAAUAUUUACUUAGUAGAAUUUUCGUCAUCUAAUGAUGAUGAUGAUGAUGUCGUGUCCGCAUUACCACGGAAAGGGGGUGCAGUAGCUUCUGAGGGUAAAGACCCCUGAGCACCCGAGGGCAGAAGUCUGACUUCUAGCUCAUAUGAAGAUGAAACUCGCACAUUCGCUUGCACAAACCCUUUUUACAGGGGAGCACAUUCACACACCUCACAGAUAGAACACAGAUGAAGAACAACCAUGCCCGAACCGGGAUUCGAACCCGGGACGCCCAGAUCACGAGGAAGACGCGCUACCCCUAUGCCAGAGCGCCGGCUUCGUCAUCUAAUAAGAUUUGAAACUAUGAAAUGCUUUCUAAAACAUCCCGCGCAUAGGUUAUAAGAAAGGUCAUGUUUUUAUGAGCAAAGGUAUACAAGAAAUUCCCGAAGUUAUACUUAAAAAAAGAUCAACUACUUAAGUUAGUAGAUGAAAUUUUGUUACUCUAUUUUUGCUUUUAAGCUUUAAAAAAAACGUUUAAAAUUAUUAUGACUUAUUGACAUUAAAUUCCAGCAAUCCAGCCAAGCAUAGCGAAAAAUUCACUAACUACAAAUGUCGAAUAACAAUAAAUUAUAUCCAUAUUAAAUAAAUUUAUGCCUUUCUCUGAAGCAGGUUUGGGAUGCAGUCGAAGUUUAUCAAUCUGGGUUCAACACACAUUCAUUAACCAAUGAAGCUCGCUGUUUCAAGUAAAAGUUGCUCUCCAGAUUAAGAACAUUUAUUGUCUAUAAAUAGUUUAUAAUGCAAAUCACAUCGACUCAGAUUGCACUCCAGCUUAACAUUUAUUACCUGUAAACAGUUUAUAGUGUCAGUCACCAAUGACCAACGGAAAAGGAAGAAUUUCUCAUUAGAAUAUUAUCACCUUUUGUCUAGUUUGCAAACGAAAGACAAGUCCUUUAUAGAAUCAUGAGUCACGGUGGUUUAAUGGUAGGCCUCCACCGAAGAACUGCCAUAAUAGCGAGAUUGGUGUGAGUUAAAUCUGUCGAGGUUAAAUGCUCUUUUUGUGGGUUGGCGCAAGAAGCUUGGAAAGGGAGAUGCAAGCUCAAGUGACGUCCUUAUCAUCGGAUCGUGGUUCAAAAUUAUGAGUUUGAUUCCCCAAAAAGUUCUUAUAUUGCUUUAAAAACUGAAAGUUGAUAUAAUUAAACUAUAUAGAGUAUCUAGUAAUCCGGCGAGUAUCGCUGUCUCACAUCCUGCUGGGACGAAGAUAAUAUAAACAUACUCCCUUCCAAAAAAAAGUCCUUAAUGGCUGCGGUUUCUUCAUGUCUUCGGUGGGUCGGAGGCUCGGAACCCAAUUUUACGUUAGAACCGUCAUGACACCUGAACUUUUGCACAUUUAAUUCCUCGAAAUUAAAUCUCUUUCAUUGGCAUAGCAGGGAUGUUUGGAGAAACAUAACUAGCGCAAAUGUCGUACUGGUCGUCUGACCAUGGCUCAAAAAUACGAGAUCCGUCCCCAAAUGGCCGUCGAGUUCUUUUAAAAUAUGAGAUAAGUGUAACCAUAAAUAAGUAUAACGAUUUCCCAGAAUAACUUCGGAAAGUAAUCAACAUUUAAUCGCGCAAUACAUUCAAAGGAAAGAUUUUUUUGAUUAACAAUUGUUGUUGUUUCUUAUGGUUUAGUCACGGACAAACCCGCUGUUCAAAGACAGCCGAUUUAAGCCUAACAGGGAGCGCCUCUGGUUUUUAUCGUAGAGCCAACUUGGGCCAAGAGAACGACUUGACUACUCACGCAUCACUCAUUCGCUUGCACAACCCCUUUUUACAGGAGGGCACAUUCACACAUCUCACAGAUAGAACAGGAAGAACAACCAUGCCCAAACCGGGACUCGAACCCGGGACGCCCAGAUCACGCGGAAGAUGCACUACCCCUAUGCCAGGACGCCGGCUUUUGAAGAACAAUACAUUUAUGAUUUGUUACCUAUAGACUUAAUGCGUAUAAGAGUCUGUAUAGUCAACAGCUUAUUGAUUCAUUAAUGACUUUUCAUGGAAAAGAUAUUUUUUGUAAUAAAGAAUAUACAAACAUGACCACAAAAAGUGGCUUAGAUGAGGGAGGAGAAGGAAAGAAGGAAGUUAUGAUAUUUAUUUUUAGCUAUGAUCUUAACCGGUAGAUCAAUGCGUGCUUUAGCAAUGUACCCUAUUUCAGUUUCGAUUCUGUCGGUUUUCCUCUAAGCGGAACUCAAAUGGAAGUCGGUACCAAAGUUCACCAAGAAUGUAUUCCAUCCACCUGUAUUCUAGAUGGGGAUCUCCACGAACACACGAACAAGAAAUAGGCCGACUCAUUAACCCGAUUCUCGCAUUCUCUGGCCACAAAACAUCUUUGAACAAAUCAUAGUCAUGAUGGCUGGUUUAUAUCAGACCAAGUUCCCUAUUACAAUUCGCUGUUACCUAACCAUAUAUAAAAACCGAAAAGCAUAUUCUAGGUCGUGGCUUUAACCCAAUGCAUUGAAGAGAAAUCACAUUUCUACCUUCGGAGCUCCAAGGUCGUUUGGAUUAAUAGAAAAUGUCGCGCUUUUUAAACAUCAGUUCUUGAAUCGUAAUAUUGAUUUGAAACUCUAGAUCAAGUGGUAUUAGUACCACAACCAUAAAAAAUAAAGCUUCACUUCCGAUUAAAAUUGACAAAGCAUUCAAUCAAAAUAUACAAUGUGCAAACUAUCAAAGAUAAGAAAAUACGUUAUGAUAAAUACUGAUAAUUCAUGUUAAUUAUUAGCUUUGCGUCAGUGUUAUAUUUACGAAAACAAAUUUCAGUGCAUUGUUUAACAAUUUCUAAUACAGAGAAAUAAAAUUUUUUUCUCUCCAAAAUUGAUAGUUGAUUUUAUUUUUCUUGAAUUCCGGCAAGAAUUAAUGACAUCACUUUACCUUAAGUUAUUAUAAUUCUGUUAUAUCUCACUCUGAUAUUCUGUUAUCGACACCAGAGGCUUCGAAUACAAAUCUGCCCUAUAAAGACGAGCAGGGAAAGGGAGGGUACAAUAAUUUAGUCGAAUGUUUACAAAAAAUUAAAAAAAAAAAAAGAAUUAUAUUUAAAAUACAUGAACCCCAGUAGCUUAGUGUGAGUACGUAUUUGGAGCAAGAGUAUUCUAGGUUCGAAACCCGAUUCGAUCUUAGAUGGGGCUUGUGAGAAGACUCGUUACAAGAGCUAUAUUUGUUGUUGUUGCUUAUAAUGCCACUUGCCAGGGACAAGCUCGUUGACGAAGUCAGCGAUUUUAAGCCAAGGAAGCGUCUCUUGUUUUAGUAGCGCCAACUAGGGCCAACAGUACGUCUUAGCUACUCACACAUCACAUUCGCUUGCACAACCCCUUUUUUCAGGGGUCACAUUCACACAUCUCACAGAUAGAACAGAUGAAGAACAACCAUACCCAAACCGGGACUCGAACCCAGGGCGCCCAGAUCACGGGGAAGACGCGCCACCCUUAUGCCAGGACGCCGGCUAGAACCUAUUUACCAUAAUCAAACGUUCUCCCUCUGAUCAGAUGAGGGUUUUCAGAAGUUCGGAAAGUCAUCCAACUCGCGUAUCAUCCAAGUCAUCUUACCAAGGUUCAAAAUAGUUCUCACACCGUUUUAAAAAUCGGCCGUCAAAACAACCAAACUGAAUUAAUUUUAAUGGUAAAAGAUCUCAGGAUUCGAGCUCAUAAUAAUAUUUGAUGCUUAGAAUGUAUUUUAAAAGGUUAUACCAAUUGCCUAGAGGAGGUUUGUUGAAACCUUCGCUAUUUAUCCUCUUUUAUAUCGUCAAAUAAAAGGGAUUUUGUGAAUUCUGUUGAAAUAUUAGAGAUUAGAAAAAGUCCGAAUUUCAUUCUUGGUAUCGAACCGAAUACGUCAUAUGAUGCCAUCAUUUCGUAACUUUGCAGUUAUUUAAAUUCAAUGGUAUUCAGUACAAACUUUUUUUUUAUUAUUUUGAUAACUAAUAAGCUAAAUUCAAAGUUUGAACCCAUUAAAAUAAUUUUAAUGCAAUGACAACUAUCAGAAGAAUCUCCUUUUUAUAUUCGAUCAAUCAAUCUUCAUUUUCAGUACAUACAUUUUUACAAAUGUAGUAAAUAUCACAGGCUUCUAAUGUUGUCAAAGAUUAAAAAUAUCUGUACUUGAAUCGAAUAAUUACAGUUUAUGGAAAACCUUAAUAUGUGAUAUAAAUGCAUUAAAUGUUUAGCUAAACUACUUCAAAUGCAUAAAACAAUGAAAUUAUAGGAUAAUAUAUUCUUUGAUUUAUAUGGCAAAUUGUUUAUCCGAAAAUCAUGUAAUAUUAAUAUAAAUCGCCAAUGGUUAGUAGAUCUCUAAAUUAGUUAAAAUAAUUUUUUCUAGCCGUAACUAUGCCCGCGUCAGAAUUUUGAUGUAAAUCUGACUUGUAAUGUUAAAAAUAAUCACGAAAUUAAUCGUAUCCAUUUUAUUUUUACAAACUCUUCUUUAAUUUGAAUCAUUUCAU